AUUGCGCUCUCUGAAUGUUAACGUGGGACGGUGACUUGCCUAUCUUUCAAUUUCGGGUUUUAGGAUUUUUCAGGCAGAAAUUCUCCUCAACUUGCUCGAAAGGAUUGAAAUGUUACAGUUUAGGUUUUCGACAGUGCUGAAGGAGUUGUUUCAAUCCAACCUAAAGCGCCCUUUGACAGGUAUUUCAAGAAAUAAAACGUCGGUACCAAUCCACUACUGCUCCACCAACGCCUCUCUUGAUGUCCAAGUCAGCUUCAAAUUGAAGCUUCUCGGUGCGGGUGUCCACCGCCCUUUGCUUUGCGCCGCACCUGGGACCCGGACCUACUGCACGAAGACCGAAGGUGCUGCUAUACCUGUGACCGAAAGUGCUAUACCGGUGACUGACCAGGAGAAGAAAGAUGAGACUGCUAAAGAAGCAGCGGCGGAGAAGAGAAGGAAGGCAGGCAUCCUGCCCAGUCUGGAGGACCUGCUCUUCUACACCAUCGCAGAGGGCCAGGAGAAGAUCCCCGUCCACAAAUUUCUCACUGCACUAAAGGCCACAGGAUUACGCACAGGAGAUCCCCGGCUGAAGGAAUGCAUGGACACCCUUAAAGUCACCCUGAAGAACACCUCGGACGGAGUCAUGCUGGACAGACAGCUCUUCAAGAAGUGUGUCCAGAGCAACAUAGUCUUGCUCACCCAGGCCUUCCGCAAGAAGUUCGUCAUCCCUGACUUCCAGUCCUUCUCCUCUCACAUCGACGAGCUCUACGAGAGUGCCAAAAAUCUGACCGAAGGCCAGGUUGGUAAUCAGCCCAUCCUGGGGGAGGUUGCAGACUACAUUCCCCAGCUUGCCAAAUUCAGCCCGGACCUGUGGGCCGUGUCUCUGUGUACCGUGGAUGGACAAAGACACACGGUAGGCGACACCAAGGUCCCCUUCUGCCUGCAGUCGUGUGUGAAGCCGCUGAAGUACGCCAUCGCUGUGCAUGACCACGGCACCGAGUACGUGCACCGCUUCAUCGGGAAGGAGCCCAGCGGCCUGCGCUUCAACAAGCUGUUCCUGGACGAGGACGAUAAGCCCCACAACCCCAUGGUGAACGCCGGCGCUAUUGUUUGCACCUCACUGAUAAAGCAGGGAGCGAGCAAUGCUGAGAAGUUUGACUAUGUCAUGAACUUCCUGAAUAAGAUGGCAGGAAACGAGUAUGUAGGCUUCAGCAACGCCACAUUCCAGUCGGAGCGCGAGUCAGGAGACAGGAAUUUCGCUAUCGGCUACUACCUGAAAGAAAAGAAGUGUUUUCCUGAGGGGACAGACAUGACGUCCAUUCUGGAUUUCUACUUCCAGCUAUGCUCCAUCGAAGUGACCUGUGAGAGCGCCAGCGUCAUGGCGGCCACCUUGGCCAACGGCGGCUUCUGUCCAAUCACGGGCGAGCGCGUGCUGAGCCCGGAGGCAGUGCGUGACACACUGAGCCUCAUGCACUCCUGCGGCAUGUAUGACUUCUCUGGCCAGUUCGCCUUCCACGUGGGCUUGCCAGCCAAGUCGGGCGUGGCAGGGGGCAUCCUACUGGUGGUGCCCAACGUCAUGGGCAUCAUGUGCUGGUCUCCUCCACUGGACAAGCUGGGCAACAGUGUCCGAGGCAUUCAGUUCUGCACGGACUUGGUGUCUCUCUUUAACUUCCACAACUAUGACAACCUGAGGCACUUUGCCAAGAAGCACGAUCCUCGCAGGGAGGGAGGCGACCAGAGGCAGUUUACCUUCGGACCCAUGGAUUACGAGAGCCUUCAGCAAGAGCUAGCUCUCAAAGACUCUCUGUGGAAAAAGGUGGUGCCCACUGAGUGCCACGAGGACAGCUCCACCACUGUAGUCUAUAGGAUGGAGAGUGUCGGGGAGCGCAACUAGGACCCCCUCUCUCCUCCCACCUCCUGUCUCCUUUCUACGCCCAUAUAUGACUUCAUAUAUUUAUAUAUAUUAUCAAGAGGAUUAUUUAUUUCUAUGAGGUUGUUUUUUUGUUUGGCGGAUUGUAAAACAUAAUGUAAUGUCACAUUAUGUACUGGUGAUGAAUGAUAAUUGAUCCUACCUGAGUUACUCUACCUUUUUUUUUCUGUGUGUCCUUGUGUGUUUAUGGGGGUCCUGCAGAGCCGAGGGAAGCCCUUCCGGCUGCCUGUCUAGAAUGUCGGACUUUAGGGGCCUGAAGGGAUUGCCUGGCUCAGAUUAAGGCUUUGCAUGUAGACUUGAUUCGUCAUUGCAUGUGUACUUCAAUAUCUACUGACAGGUUUGAGGUCCUGAAUCUGUCAAACAUGCCAGUGUGGGUAUUAGGCACAAUGUAAUGUGUUUGUUAACCAAAGCGAGGGAGGUUUUCUCAAACCAAAAGCCAAGGGAGGAUGUGGAGUGUUGUGAUUUGAAGUGUUUUGACACAUAGAAAUGUAAUGUAUCUCAUGAUAUUUCUAUGCGUUGACAGGCUCUUAAGGUUACUACAAGCUCAACUCAGUUGAUCUACGUGCGUGCGUGCACAUGGGUGAAGUGGGAUUUUUGGAGUAGCGGACACCUUUUGGUAACAGGAUAUCCUUGCCGGUCCCACUCCCAUUUUAUAUUUUGGUCUUACAUUUCUUUGAAAACAAGGAAGAGUAGCCUUCCCUUGCUAAUAGUAAGUAGCUAGCUGGCAGCCUGGCUAUCUGGCUUUAGCCUGGCUAAAAACAUAGCAGGCUAGCUAGUCUUUUUAGCUUCCCACAUCUCCAUGUGAAAUAAUCAGAUUUAUAAUUUAGAAAUAGGCCCUGGCAAAUAUUCUUAUACUUGCUGGUGUAACCGAAAACAUUAUCCCAGUUUGAUAUGCUGUUUGUGUAUUAAUUCUCAUAUCAGUUAAAAAUAGAACGUCAACAUGUUUUGGUCAUGGAGUAAAAAAAGCACAUGGCUAGCUAGUUGGCUACAGCAGGUUCUACCAUUUCACAAUAGCCUGGAAUCACUAGUUAUUUUUUCUAAACAAAAUACCUUUUGGGGUAGGUUCUUGUUUGGUUUACUUUUUGAACAGUCGCUGAGAUUAUAUUUGGUUAUCAAUGCAAAAUAGGCUACUUUGAUGAAUAGCCUAUAUAGCCUACAUAUCAGAUCAAGGAACCAAGCAAUAAUACUGCCCCCACGGCUGCGGAGGUAAUGAUACUGCGUGUCUCUUCAGGUAGUAAAACAGUAUGUGGAACUCCAGAGCGUAUUACAAGGAGCUGCCCCUUUUGUGAUGAAAAACGACAUUGCAACACCGAUAUUUGCAUCUGCGUAGAGCUUGUAGUAAGCUUUAGAAGAGCAAACUAUGAGAUUAUAAUAAGGCACUUAUCAGGCGUGACACUGAGACUAUAUCAGUCGGACCAUUCUAACUUGCAUACAGGCCCUUUACCUUUCACAUACCAGCAACGUUGUCAGUGUCAGCAUCUCACACGAGUUGAUUCUCAACUGCUGUUGAGUGGACCGUAGCUUUUCAUCAAGGUCGUAAAAGGUGAUGCAUUCAACCCCCUUCUGUGUGUGUGUGUGUGUGUGUGUGUGUGUGUGUGUGUGUGUAUUUGAGUGGUCCAUGCACGUGUGUGUACCGUGUUGAUCUAAGCUGUGACGCAUGCCGAGGGGACAUUGACCCUGGCUGUGACAGACAGACCGACAGACACCCCACAAGCCGUUAGUUUUCAUGACAUAGCCUAGUAGAAUCCUGCUGGAUCUAUUCCAUAGGCAGUUGCAGUAUGUAUAUGUCAGAUGGCAUAUCAUGGUUAUAUAGGUCAUACGUGUAUAUAUAUUGUACAAGUCAGUAUACCAUUGAGAUAAAGUGUGAUCACACAUUGUUACCAAUUAUAUUUAAUCCGUAUUAUUACUGUCAAUAACGCUUAGCUACCCUUAAAGUCAAAGGGUAAACCAGUUAUCUUAUCUAUACUGUAGCUUAAGAAUGCAUCAUAUUUAUUUCCAUAUGUACUGUAUCUAUAGUUUUGCCAUAGACUGUAUUGUUUGCCUGACAUGCUGUGUGUGUGUGUGUGUGUGUGUGUGUGUGUGUGUGUGUGUGUGUGUGUUUUGGGGGAUUGUUAUCUUGCAGUAAGCUUGACGAAACUCAACAGCAGCUCAGAACGGCAAGGGAAUCAACUUAUUUCACAAACGUUCAUAAUUUGGCCACAUUUGCACAUGUCAGCCAAGGCCUUGGGUGUCCUGCUGCUGGGGUUGUUGUUUUUCUUUCAAUGUUUUUAUCCAAUCAUGCUUGAAACUGAACUGUUGAAUGGGUAUACGCUUCAGUAGCCCUAUGUUACCCGUGAAUGUGGUCUUCUUCUUGUGGGUCCAUAUAAGUCUAUGGGGCCCAUACCGGCCAAGGUUGGGGUCAAUUUGAAUUGAAGUCAAUUCAGGAAGGGAUUUAAAUGUAAAAUUCAUAAAUGGAAAUAUAUAUAUAUAUAUAUAUAUAUAUAUAUAUAGCUUCUCCCUUUGUUUGUUGACAAGUUACUGAACAUAGAUGACCUGUUUUCAAUUAUUUAAUUGGAAUGUAUUAAUUUAAUUGGAAUUCCUGAAUUGACUGACUUGACUCCACCCUGUCCCAUAUACUUUUAGUUAGCUUUUAGCUUAAUUUAGCAUCAGAAUUUUAGUUAAAAUAUCUAUUUGUUGUUUUGUCAUGUCUAUAUGCUUGGACUUCAGUUAUAAUUGUGAUUUGGAACUAGAACUACUAUUUCACUGAGGAUGUUUGUUUUUUAAGUGUAGGCCUUUGAGAUUUUGUCAGUCAGUGUGCGGUGCAAAGCUUUCACAAGCCUCUGUCACUGUGGAGGGAAGCUAGCCUAGCAGCUAACAGUAACCUGCUUGCUAAUGCUAAUUUACCCAAUAAUCAGUCCUGUUAAAUUAAUCCUAUUUAUUUGUACUGGAAUUGUAUCUUUUCUUUCUGCUACUUGUGUUUUCUGAAACACGUUUGAGUGGGUUUUCUACAGUCUUGCCCAUGUUGACAUAAUAUGGAGAAUGCAGUGGCUGAAAGCCUGCAGGACUCACACGCCUCAACUAUAGACGAGUUUCACUCACUACUGCAAUUUGGAGUUAGGUUGACGUUAGAGGCUACAGGAGGAAGUUAUGUGGCUUACUUGAACUCUAAGGGAAUGUGAACCUUUCUACGUUCCAGCAAAAUGUGACAAAUAACCCCAAUCAAAUUUUACACACGUUUUUUUUAAUGCCGUACCAGUAUUUUCAUUAAAAUUUAUGAUUUUUAUGAUUUCACACCAACAUGUUUGUAAUGUUUCCGGCAAUGUCAUUAUUUUACUAUUUCUGUUUUUGUUUCAAAUGGUCCUUCUGGCAUGCAUAUUUUUGUAUGAUUUAAUAAAUGUGUUUGAAUCCCACCUUGAUAUUUUAAAGUUCAUUUUAGUGUGUUUUUUUUUCUUUCAGUUUUUCAGUUUUUUCUGUUUUCUGUGCCUUGGCGAAAACAACUAUAGCCCUCCAAGUCUAAAAUGCUAUACACACCAGCAGUCUACAGUUUUAACUUAUUGAGAGUGUAUAUCAUUGCAUUUAACAUUAAAACUUCUCUUGAACUCUUCAGAUCUUUACCGAAUCUAACUGGAAUGUUGAUUUAUCACUCUAACUCAAACUGGUUUUGGUGUCUUGGACAAAAAAGGGAGUUGCGUUAUCCUCAUAGUAAAGACACUGCCUCAUGGUUUGGAUGAAAACACUAGGUUUUUGUCUUGUUUUGGGGGGGAAAGCAAUACUUAGCUCUACUGCUAUCUGUAUAGAGGCCUGUAUUGCAAAUACAAGCAAAGAGCUUCAGUAGUUGUAAUGCUAGAAGUGUGUUGCAAUGACAGGUGAAGUGCUUGUUGAAAUCGUGUUGCCUUGCUGCCCCAUGUUAUAAACCAAUAAAGUACUAUAACCAAUGAA